CACCAAUAACUCACCGUCGCUAAGCUAUAAACAAAACCUUUUUGAGUUAAGAAAUCGGUGAAGCGCUCGGAAUGGAUUAAUUCUUGGUAUUCGGCCGCCCUUGGUACUAGUUUCCCAAACGUUAUUAUGCAACGGCUUUAAUCCUUAUAGGAUUAUACACUCAGCACUGCCAUGACAACUGAAACGUGAAAGCUAGUAUUGUAUCUCUGUUGAUUAAAAAAUCGAUCAAAUGGUGGCACUUUGAACAUGUCUUUGUAAAGAUGGGAUGCUUGUGAACACACUGGUGUCGUCACAUGGCCGAAGGACGGCUGUGUUGAAUCAGUAGUGGCGGGUGACAGCAGAGAGUCUCCAGCUAUUACACAGAUACCAAAAUAGGAGCUCGACAUUCUCUAGUGGCUGAGGCUAAAUACAGGGGCCACAUGUCUGAUCUAUCCGAGCACAAGUUGCACUGUUGGGGAUAAAACUUCUCCAGCGAAGAAAGGACGAGCUGUGACAGUCAAAAUCAGUCAUUACGGGUCAGUUGCAAUGUCAAGAAAAGUUGAAAGCGGCUACUCGUAUGAGUUCUGCGACGCUUCACAUUCAUCAGAAGUGCUGGAAGCUCUUCACGAGUUCCACAGCAGCGGCCUGUUCACGGACAUCACCCUGCAGUCUUCAUCCGGACAGCUUUUCCACUGCCACAAGGCUGUCCUAUCAGCCCGCAGCUCCUAUUUCAAGGUAAUGUUCACCUUAGACAUGAGAGAACGUCUGAAUGACACCAUCAACCUACCUUGCAUAGACGGGGAGAUUCUGGGUGCUUUGUUGACUUACGUCUACACUUCAAAGAUCAGCAUUACUCAGGGCAACGUUCAAAGUCUUCUGGAGGCCGCAGACCUGUUGCAGCUCAGCUCGCUCAAGAAAGCCUGCGAGAACUUCUUGAUUCGUCUGCUUGACGUCGACAACUGUCUCGGGAUGCACUCGUUCGCCGAGCUUCACGUGUGCCCUUCACUGGAGCGCGCGGCUUUGAGGAUCAUACUGAGCCGCUUUGAGGAACUCACACUUCAGGAGGAGUUCCUAGAGGUGGAUUUCCAAAAGAUCGUGGUGAUUUUAGCAACUGAAAACCUUAAUGUGUGGAAAGAGGCGACGUUAUUGGAUGCUGUGGUGAAAUGGGUCACCCAUGACGUGGCUACAAGAAUAGACCACCUGAAAGAGCUUCUUAACUGCAUCCGUCUCGACGUGAAUGACGUGUACCUCAAAACUGCUUUGGAUCUAGGCAAACAAUGCUUUGAAAGCAAAUUGCAAUCUCUAAUUCUCACCUCCUUGCAGCCAAGCAAAGGUUUCUCGAACUGCUGCAAAAAACUAACAUGCAGCUUGUAUGUCAUUGGUGGAUAUUACUGGCAUCCGUUGUGUGAAGUCCACAUGUGGGACCCUGCUUCCAACACGUGGGUUCAGGGCAAAGACAUGCCUGACUUUGCAAGAGAGAGUUAUAGUGUGGUACUUCAAGGCCCUGAUAUCUACGUGACCGGAGGAUACAGGACAGAGACUGUAGAUGCUUUAGACAGCGUGUGGAUUUAUAACACAGACUCAGAUGAAUGGACAGAAGGAUGUCCGAUGAUCACAGCCAGAUAUUACCACUGCUCCGUGGCUUUACGGGGGGGCAUAUAUGUCAUAGGCGGAUAUACGGCAGGGGCUCCUACACGAGAAACUGAAUUCUAUGACCCCUUGAAGAAGACAUGGUCCCCCGUGGCUGAUAUGAUACAAGGUGUGGGAAAUGCAACCUCUUGCGUGGUGAAUGAAAGAAUCUAUGUAACUGGAGGGCAUUAUGGGUACAGAGGAACCUGCACUUACGAGAAGAUUCAGACUUACCGGCCAGAUAUUAACGAGUGGAGCGUCACAACAAUAUGUCCACAUCCUGAGUACGGCCUUUGCUCAGUCUCCUUAAACAAUAAGCUUUAUCUGGUCGGCGGUCAGACCACCAUCACAGAUUGCUACGACCCCGAGCAAGAUGAAUGGAGACAGAUGUGUGCGAUGAAGGAGAGAAGGAUGGAGUGUGGAUCGGCCAUUAUAAAUGGGUGCAUCUAUGUAGCAGGAGGGUAUUCGUACUCUAAGGGGACGUAUCUGCAGAGUAUAGAGAGGUACGACCCUGAGAUCGACUCCUGGGAGAUCGUGGGGAACCUCCCAUCGGCCGCACGCUCACACGGCUGCGUUUGUGUGUUCAGCAUGUGAAAUCACUACCCCCAUCACAUCCAGUGGGGUCUAAAAGUCUGAGACCAGACCACAUGUAUAUGAAUAGUGGGCACCAAGUCUUGCCAAGGUCUUUUGCAGUCACUCGAGGGUUUUUCUGAACCUGCCUUCUCAGGAAUCUGGUUGCAGCCAUUGACAGCUUCCUUUUCUGCCCCGUCCAGGUAGUGUAAGUGCUUUCAACUGCGUCUCUAGGAACAUUUAGUGCCUUCGCUAUCUUUGUGUAUCCGGUUCCUUAUUUAUGAAGGGUGAUGAUCUCUUAACUUUUUGGUCCAUUCUUUUUACAUAUUUUUAAGUCAUAUUUCUAACAUGCAGUUAAACGUGACACUCAACCAACCUAACCAGUUCAGAUAUUUAAUGUGUUCUAGCUAAAGCACACCUGGUGCAACUAAUGAAGCCCUUGAUAAGUAGCAUCAGGUGUGCUUGAGACAACACCUUUUUGCAGAUUUGUUCAGUUGUGAGGGAUACUAUUCAGGGGGUUGAAUAAUUUUGAGAUGGCAGAACUCACUAAAAGUUGCAUUUUCAGGUGAAUUUUGGUAAAAAACUUAAAACAUUGGUUGUGUUGAGCUAUUUUUAAUUACUAUUGUUUGAUUUGUUCAUUGCAAACAGCGGUUACAGUAAAUUUUGCCAAUA